UCAUUAUUAUUUAUCUUUGUCUAUAAUAUUCUAAAAUAAUAUUUAAAACAUGUAACCUGUUCACUUAUUAUUAUUAUUUUUUUAAUUCACUUAAAGACUCAUGGGAAAAGGUUUCUAUGACUACCAAAACACACUGGAUGAGCAAUGCCAAGCAUUUAUCGCUAAGGCGUUGGAUGAAUCUAAAAGGAAAAAGACACUUAUAGCGAAAGCAUUCAUCGGAGUAGUGAUGUGUGCUUGCGUUUCCAUCACAAUCUUAAGGCCGAUCUUGAAGUUUCUUCUUGGGGAGCAUCGCUUAGGAACACCUGAUGAUGGUAUCCUGCGACUUUUACCAGUAACAAUAUGGACACCGUUCAACAAACAGUCCUGGUACAUCAUGCUGAUUUGUUUCAUAGGCGAAGAAAUAAUAUCUUACGUGACUCCAGGAAUAGUGUUCGGUUGUACUCUCUUCGUCGUCUGUAUGUGCGAAGACGUCGGAACUCAGCUUAUCAUCCUCGGAUACACUCUCAAGACGGUGGUACGAAGAGCGAAGUGUGUCAAUAUGUCAAUGGAGGAAGCACUCAAGUUGUGCUUCAGUCACUCCAUAAGGCACCAUCAAACUCUUUUGAUGUAA